AACCACAAAAUGAAUAGCAAAUGUAAAAAUAUUGUUACAACUCCAGGGGGAUCGGACCACCAGGAGUCGUUGGUAGCAGGUGAAUCUGGUGUAAAAACCGGGUCCAACGGAGCGGGCUUGCUACUUUCGUUACCUGUCAACCGCGACAAAUCGGAUGAGGGGGUGUCCAGCAUGGCCCCGGAUUCUGACAAACAUGCUACUGCUGAGACAGACGUGCCUCCGGGUACGCAGCCAAGGGAAAUGUUAUAUAUUAUACAUCAUAGAGUAUGAGAAAAAUUAUGCUUUAAAGUCGAAGACACUAUAUUAAUAAAAAUCAAUGUCGACUUAUUUAAAGGCCCAUGUUACCGGUGAGAACGUAGCUGUAGCUACCAAUCUGACCUUAGCAGACUACAAGCGAAAGCGAUCAUCUUAUGAAGAAGCUGACCUUAAUAAAAAAUUGUCUCGAACCUCAAGAGCCGCACUCGAUAUCCACCAUGUCAUUGUAUGGAAAACCAUGUAUUAAAGGAUCGAUGUACGAACGCGAUGUCACGGAAGACGGUAAUGUCUCCUCGGCUCUUUACGUAAAAAAAGGAAAAUAUGGAAAACCACCAAUUAAAGGAAUGAUGUAUAUACCCGAUUUCAAGGAAGACAGUAAGGUCCCCUGUUCACUACCUAGAGCUGCAGGGAUAAAAAGGAAAAGAGUACAGACUGAUGCUUACAGCGACAGAAAAUUUAAAAAAGAAAAGCAUGAAAAACUUUCCAUCGUGGUUCAACGUAUCAACGUGAUGUCGCGAAAGACGUUUCUAAGUAUCUACAAGACUACAAAGAGAGAUGACACCACUGUCGAUGCAAAAUGUUCAAGAUAUUUGGAAAAAAUUACAUCACAAACAUACUUAUCAUAUUUCAGUUAUCACAGCAACGACGCAGUUGCUAAAAACAUAUGGACAUUGGACACACCAUAUGAACUAGAAAGAGAUCCGAUCGUACAAUACCCACUGCUGCAGGUUCCAGUCAAAACUCAUCGAUUGCCGUCCAGGUAA